AUUUCAUUUCAUUUCAUAUCCUCCCUUCCCCCUCUUCCCUCUCUUCCUUUCUUUUUCGCUCAUUCCUACCUCAUAAUAUCUAUAUAUAAAGCUCUGGCCCUGCUCAAAAACACCCUUACACUCAACUUUUAUUAUUAUUAUCUGUUUAUUAUUUCGCAUAAUGGAUUCCUUGACUUCAAUCGAUACCACGAUGCCGGUGCAAACGCCCAACAGUCCCAUCUCCGAGCACCUCUCGAAACGCGGCCACAUCAACAUAAGCCCCAGCGACCAGCCCGCGCUUAACCUCUACUAUGAGAUCUACGGCACUGGCCAGGAAAAAAUCGUCUUCAUCAACGGGAUGGGCGCGGACCGGCAAAUGUGGGAACCCAACGUAGCCGAGUUUCUCAAACUCUCCAACUACCAAUGCCUAGUCUACGACCACCGCGGCACCGGAUUCUCGGACAUUGGUCCCUCCGGACCGCUGUCCUUUACUAGUUCGGUGAUGGCCAGGGACCUAAAGUGCCUGAUGGAUGUACUGGGCUGGAACACAAGGGUCAAUGUGGUCGGGGCGAGUAUGGGCGGAAUGGUGGCUUUGGAGUUUGCCACCGGAUAUGCGCAUAGAGUCAAGACGCUCUCGCUGGUGGUGACCAACGCCGGACUCUCCCUGCCGCCGCUGAAGGGGAUAGUGGACACGGUGGGGGCGAAUUUCGUCCGCGACCCCAUUGCGCGCUUCAAGGCUAUUUGCGGCUCCUUGUACUCCAAAGAAUAUUUAGAAUCGCCGGCGCCUGAGGGAUCUGGUUGCAAGAAUAUGCUGGAGUAUUGUGCACAGAAUGCGGUAAGAAAGUCUCGGAACUCUAGGCCAAUGUCGUUUUGGUCGUUUUUGGGCCAGGUCGGGACGGUGUUUAGACAUUACGUAUCGCCUGCGAGGCUGAGGUUGCUUGGGAGGCUGCUACCAGAUAAACAGAUUCUUAUUGUGACUGGUGAUGAGGAUCAUAUGGUGAGGACGAGUAAUUCGGUAUAUUUGGCUGAUACGAUCGGCAGGGAACAUGUUAUCUUUGAGGUUUACCAUGGGGCUGCUCACGGUCUUUGCUCGCAGGAGGCCGCCAAAUUGGUCCAUCAUAUCGACAAGAUGAUAACUGAUACCAACAAGUAGAUUAUAAAAAAACAGAAUAGUAGGCAUGGUGUGGUGUGGUUUUUUAAUGUA